AUGGAUAACGACGCGCGGGGUUGGAUCAUGUGCGGCUUCAGCGGCCUCGCAUGUAUCCUCGGCGCCACAGUGGUUUGUGUGGACAUCCCCAUCCGCCUUCUACCUGGCAAGCGUAACUUUCGCAUCCAGGAGAGCAACUCGUUUCUUGCCUCCUCCCUUAGCUUGAGCUUCGGCGUCAUGUUGUUUUCGGCCCUCUACAGCAUGUUGCCGUCGGCUAUGCGCUAUCUGGCCAAGGACGGGUGGGAUGAGCACACUGCCGGCUUCCUGAUGAUGGGCUGCUUUGUUGGCGGCUUCUUUGGCAUCCAGAUUAUCUCGCGCGUUUUGCAUCAGUACAUGCCCUCGCAUGUCGUCGACUGUGAUCAUACCCAUGACAACAUCCAUGAUGACGAACAGGGCCACCCCGACGGCCAUGGUCCAUCGUGGGCCAGCAAGGGCAGCCGUUCUCGGUCGAGGACUGCUUCACCCCCGGCCGUCGUCGACCGCCCGCAUAUGGUCGAGCUACAGAACAGCAUCACCGAAUCCACGCCCCUGAUUUCCACAGAAGUCCCGCGGAACGGCCACGUACAUACCGAACUAUACUCUGGCGACCGCGAGCCAGCAGCCGAGGCCGUCACUCACUUCCACGGCAGUCAACGUCGAGCUUCCGCCCCGGCCAGGCGACCUUCGGCGCACGUUAGGAGCAGGGUCUUGUCCUUUUUCAAAGACACCAAGGCGAACUGUGACGAGGACGGGCCCUGCUACGGCUACACCGACCCCUGCGGGCAAGAGUGCUUCAAGCACCUCGGCUCCCGCUCUGCCAUUUCGCGAGCCGCCACCGCGCGCAUUCUGAAUGGCUCAGUACCGACGCCCCCAACCGACGGCUGCGAAGAAUCAUGCGACGGCCCCAUCUUGCCUUCGCGAUAUGGCAUCAUGCGCACCCACUCCCACGAUCACGACGAACACUCCCGCCACCACGGGCACGCUCACACUCAUGCCCACGACAGCGACUCCGAGUGCGCCGAAGACUGCGAAGCCCAACACCAUCACCACGUGCCCACCAACGCCUUCCUCUCGAUCGGGCUGCAAACCGUCAUUGCGAUAGCCCUGCACAAGUUCCCCGAGGGCUUCAUCACGUACGCGACAAACCAUGCCAACCCCUUGCUGGGGUUCAACGUCUUCAUGGCGCUCUUUGUGCACAACAUCGCCGAGGGCUUCGCCAUGGCCCUGCCGCUCUACAUGGCGCUCGGCAGCCGCGUCAAGGCCAUCCUCUGGUCCUCGCUGCUCGGCGGGCUCAGCCAGCCGCUCGGCGCCGCCGUCGCCGUCGCCUGGUUCAAGCUGGCCCGGCGGUCCAACGUCGUCAUCGACAGCACCGCGUACGCGUGCCUCUUCGCCGUCACUGCGGGUAUCAUGGUCAGCGUGGCGCUGCAGCUGUUUGUCGAGAGUUUGAGUCUGAACCACAACAGGAACCUGAGCAUUUUUUUUGCGUUUUUGGGAAUGACACUGCUGGGGAUCAGCAAUGCGCUUGUCAGUCAUUGA